AUGACAGGCUCUCAGCUGAUCUUUCCUGCACAGUGAGUGCCGAGCCUUGUCUAAACCAGCCGUGUAGGACACAGUAGGACAGCGAAGCCUCGGCGUGGAGGCCAUCUGGUGGUGCCCUUUAAGGAUCCGCGCAACUGGCUGGAGGAUCUUGUUUCCCUGAGAGCAAUGAAACGGCUGUUUUCUGUAGAGCCUAUUGUCGCUCUUUACAUCUUGGCUAACGUGGCAGGUUCCAUCUUAAUUCAGCAGUAUAUUUAUCGUAAGAUAUGGGAGAAUGAAACUAACAGCAGUUACACUGACAAUCAAAAUAGAUCAAACUGUUACAAAAACCACAGUAGCCAUACGAAACGACAGGAGGUCCAGGAAAAAUCUUCUCGCUAUUUUAUGUAUAUGAAUUUGGUACAGUUUAUACCUGGCCUAAUUGUCACUUUGAUAUUGGGUGGAUUCAGCGAUCGCUACGGACGCAAACUAUUUGUCCUCCUUCCUUCUAUCGGCGCUGUGAUUACCAGCCUGGCAAAUUUAGCAGUGGCCUAUUUUUCUUGGUCUAUUAACAUCCUUUUCAUACCAACGAUUCUCGCAGCGUGUUUGGGUGGCUUCCCGGCUCUAUUUGGAGGAGCUUUUGCUUAUGUGGCUGAUGUUUCCUCCAGCGAGCAGAAGAAUAUGCGCAUGGCACUACUUGACAUGAUCGUAGGAGUAACGGGUGGCAUCGGCGCACUUUCCUCUGGAUACUUCUUAAAAGCAACCGGCUUCAGUUGGCCCUUCUUAACCAUCUUCUUCAUUAAUCUGGUCAAUAUUGCUUAUAUCAUCUUCUUCUUUGAAGAGAGUGCCCAGGUGUCAAGAAAUGAGCAAGACCAAACAUCGGUCUAUGACAAAGUCAAAGAAAUACUGUUCAGUAUCGUAAUUAUUUUUACAAGUUCUGACUUUGAAAAACGUGUCCAAAUUGUUUUGUUGCUUCUUGCUGUGUCAACAUUUGCUCUUGCUGAAUUUGGUUCUUUAGGACUUUUUACUCUGUAUGAAUUAAAUGCACCUCUUUGCUGGAAUGAAAUCCUUAUUGGAGCGGGUUCUGCAACUGACUUGAGCAUAUUUUUGCUGAGUUUUUGUGGAGUGACAGUGUUUUCCUACCAUCUUGGAGAUAUUUUUAUAGUUUUUAUUGGAAUACUUUCCUUUGCUGGAGGAAUGAUCAUGGCUAUCUUUGCCACAACUACUCUGCUCAUGUUUUUGGUGAGGCUGGUUUCUCUCUUUGCCUUCAUGCCAUUCCCUGUCCUACGAUCUAUGUUGUCCAAGUCAGUUUUGCCAAGUGAUCAAGGUGCUCUCUUUGCCCUUGUUGCUUGCCUGGAAAAUUUUAGUGGUACCAUUUCCACCAUAAUUUUCAAUAAUAUUUACGCUGCCACUGUUGUACAAUUUGCAGGGUUUGGUUUUUUGCUGGCAGCUUGUUCAUGCAUCAUUCCAGUUAGCAUUUUGUGUGUCUUGUUGUGGUGGAAAUCUCGCCCGGAAGCAUACACUGGACUGAUAGAAGAAGAUGAAAGUAGUUAGUUCUCAUGCAAUCUGUCACUUAGAUUGCAGUGGUAAUCUUGUGAUGUUCUGCCACUUGUAGAUCCUUGUUAUAAUCCAGGAUAUCUGUAUGUUCCUUUUUUUAAAUAUUGUAUUUUUUUGGAACAAUCCUCCUUGGUAAUGAAAGGUACACAAAAGAUUAAAAAAUCAACUUGAUUUCCUCGAGCAAUGUGAAUAACGUAUAAUAUGUCGGAUUGGAACCAAGAUACUGCAGAAGCCUGAAAAGCUACUUAUUUGAAGAAACAUGGAUAGAACUGUUUGUAUUAAAUUCUUUAUUAUGAAAUAUAAUUGUCAAAUGGACCGUUUAGUGUGAAUUUUGGGGAUUUUAUCUUUUGUAGUCCUAAACAAUUUUCUUGAAGUGAGAUGUUUGAGGGGUAAUUUAAUCCUGAACUAAUGUGUAUCUGGGAAGCAGUAAAUUGCAUGGAGUUUGCACAUUCUCCCUAUGACAGCCUGGGUUUCCUCUGGGUACUUCGGUUUCUUCCCACAUCCCACUGACGUGCAGGUUAGUAGCCUCUGUAAAUUGCUCCUAGUGUUCAGGGAGUGGAUGCAAAAGUGAAAUAACACAGAACAUGGCAGGCUUGGACCUAACCCUAAACAGAGCUAAAUUAAUUGUGAAAUUGGAACACUUCUUUUCCCACAUAUUAUGGUGAAAACCUGGAACAGUCUGACCUUAAAGGGUGUUGGAAUUGGAUCAAUUUCAAUUGAUCAAAUUUAAACUCAGUUGAAAGGGCUUUGGGAAAAUAGGUUGUUAAAUGUUGUUGCAUUAAAGAUGGGCCACAAUGGUCCAAUUAUCUGAAGUAAAUUCAGGGUAUGAAAGACCAUGGAUACAAUCGUGGGCAAGCCAGUGAGUAAUCUGGAAGAACCUCAAACAUAACCAACCCUAACUCCACAAUUAUGGGGUUCAAUUCCACUUUCAAGAGUCCAGAACAUAAACUAGGUUGAUGUUGCAGUCUUGAAUUAAUCAUUGAGUAUGUCAGUUUAGUCAGCUGAAUAUCCAAGACCCUACAGCAUUUUGGAAUGACUUUGGUCUAUUUCCUAGUUCCUGGACAGUCUUUCCCUCAACUAGUAUUACAAAAACAGAUUGAUUGAGGUGUUACUGAGAGAUGGGGUAAAGCACUGUGUGUGGCCAAACAUUUUCAAUAUGUUGUUAAAUAUAAUAUUUUCAGAGUAUUUCACUGACCACAACAAUAUUGUAAUGAAGUUACCAUGUGUCACCACUGCUUGUGAUGUCAAAUGAUUUUCUACUUAUCUGGCUGUCCAGAUAUUAUUAGUUAAGAUAUUUUACCUGGGUAAAUGUAAAAUGUAUUUCUUUUAAAUAUGUUUUACUUUGAACAAUUCUGUGCUUAUAUACAGUAUUGUUGUUGUUCUAAUGAUAACAAAAUUCAACAGUAUUAAUUAUUUCUAAUAUAGUAGACGAAGUAGUCUUUCAAGUAAAAAUGCGGUUCUAAGUCCUUAAAAACCCAAAACAUUAAUUUUGCAAAAAUGGCUCGAUGGAGAUUUUCAUCAAAUUUGUAAAAUGACUUGUUUUGUUAAUUUUCCAAAUGGUUCAGUUUGAAAUGUUUAUCAACAGUAGUGCAAUGUUUUCCUAAAUGUAAAUCUCUUCUCCAUCACUAUUUCACAAGUAAAUACUAAAGCAACAAAAUCAGGAAUAAUUAUAGAAAUACUAACCAUAUAAAUAGUGCUAUUUGAAAAGCCAACCAUGGAAAAUCUACAGUACGUUCCUCCAAUAACCCAAUUCCAAAAGCAAGAAAACAAGAUUGUUCCCGAUGUUGGGGAAGUCCAGGACAAGGGGUCACAGUUUAAGGAUAAAGGGGAAAUCCUUUUGGAUGAGAAAAACAUUUUUCACACAGAGAGUGGUAAAUCUCUGGAACUCUCUGCCACAGAAGGUAGUUGAGGCCAGGAAGGUACACAAAAAUGCUGGAGAAACUCAGUGGGUGCAGCAGCAUCUAUGGAGCGAAGGAAAUAGGCGAUGUUUCGGGCUGAAACCCUUCUUCAGACUGAGGCCAGUUCAUUGGCUAUAUUUAAGAGGGAGUUAGAUGUGGCUAAAGGGAUCAGGGGAAUGGAGAGAAGGCAGGUACAGGAUACUUAGUUGGAUGAUCAACCAUGAUCAUAUUGAAUGGCGGUGCAGGCUCGAAGGGCCAAAUGCCUACUCCUACACCUAUUUUCUAUGUUUAAAUAUUUAUCAAUAUUAGUUCAGAAUAUGAUGGUUAUGGGUUCCUAUGCCCGGAAUUAAUCUCCCAGUUUGGUCUUGUUAGCUUGGGGGUCAUAAAGUUGUGCUAAUUGCUGGUAGGUUAGCAAAAUAAUAGAGGCUCAUACUAAUGCAGAAACUAGCAAAGACCUGUUGUCACUGUGGCUGAAAUUGAUGUUCUAGUUUAUGGAGAUUAUUUGUGGUAACGAUGGUCACACUCAACACAUGAAUCAUGCAGUUCUUUGUCUCUAGGGCUUUCUCGGCUCAUCUUUUCCAGUUACCAAUUUGGCUGCAGGAAAUUAUUCUAGCAGCAUAAUAAAUCCCAUAGCAUUUUAAAUUCCUUUAUCGUGGUCAUGUU